UGAUAUGAUUAAAGGUUGCAGAAUAAAUUUGCAGCUACACAAGAGAACCAAAAAAGGAGAAGAAAAAUAAAUGAAGAGAAAAAGGAGAGUGAGGAGGUGACAAAAGAAAAAGACUAAAGAGAAAAAGAGCCAAUUUUAGCUGGGCAUGAUUCUAAACUGAUCCGAAACCAACGAAAAAAGCGGAAGAUCAUGCAAACUUGCACUUAAAAGCUCGUAUUUGCCUCAUUCUCUUCCUUCUAUUAGUCCACGCUUCAUGCUUCCUACCCAUUACUCUCACUCUUUUCUCAUGCCAUCUUCAUGGACACCUCUUUGCUCACCCACCUACUACUCCUCAACAACACCCUCCAACCAGAGUUAAUGAGGAGCGUGCAUGUGUACCGCCAAGGGGAGGGGGAGGAAAGGGAAGUUGAAAGAGAGUUUGUGUUUUCAGAGAGUGGUUCCUAUGGGGAAAUGCAGGCUACCCCAAUUUUUAGAUUGAAGAAAUCUUGUGUUUCUGAAGUGUGUGAAGGGUACCGGAAUGGAGUGUGGCUUUGUAUAUUUGCGUUUCAUGUUGAUCAUACACCUCAAUUUUCAGGCAUUCCACCCCUUUUGUUGGUCACAAGAAAUCCAAAGCUUCAGAUGAUUCCAAAUUUGCUUAAUGAUCUCCAUAAGAUAUACAAGUUGGACCAGAAGGAGGAAGACAAAGAUAUACCGCAAGACUCCACAGGGGAAGAAUGGCAAGGAAACAACAACAUUUCCGAACCAUCACAAAAAGUCUUUCGUGUUCUUGAACAGGAUCUCAAUUGUCUUCCUUACGAAGAAGAAGAGUCUGAGUUACUGGACAAUGACACAGAUGUUGAAAGCUCACCAGGUUUGAUAGAGAAGAAAAAGAGGGCACCGAGUGAUCUUGUAGCAAAAAUUUCUUUAUCAGAUUUGGUCAAGUACUUUGGUAUGCCAAUUGUAGAAGCAUCAAGAAAUCUAAAUGUUGGGCUUACUGUUCUCAAGAGAAAGUGCAGAGAAUUUGGUAUUCCCCGCUGGCCUCAUAGGAAGAUCAAAUCACUAGACAGUCUCAUUCAUGAUCUUCAGGAAGAGGCAAAGCACCAAGAAUUGGAGGACAUGGAAGCAGCCAUGGCAGUGACAAAGAGGCAAAAGAUGUUGGAGAAUGAAAAGGAAGACAUAGAGAAGAGACCCUUCAUGGACAUACAAAGUGAGACCAAGAGAUUUAGGCAAGAUGUUUUCAAGAGAAGACACAGAGCUAGAGCUAUUGAAAAACAUAAUUCUACAGUAUCCACCACAUAGCACCUUUUAAAAGAGCCAAAGGGCAACAAAAACCAUAGUUUGCAUUUGCAAGUUGUAGAACGACAAACCUAUACACCUUUUCUAAUUGGUCAUUUUGGCCUCAUAGAUUUACUUUUGACUUAUUUGUGGAUUGCAAUAUCCAAUCCAAAGGCAACUAACUUAUAGCAUCUAGAGUAAUCAAGCUUCGUAUCUUAUUCUCUUUUUCUUUUUUAUUCGACAUCAUUGCUUAAUGCUUAUGCAAUUCUUUCUAGUUGUAUCAUGUUCAGAUUUACAACACUAAAUAGUAGUAAGUAUUGACCCGGAAAAUCCAACGUGAAUCACACAAUUCAGUGGUUUUGGAAAACAAGCAACUAUGAGUUGUUUUGGGUUGAACACACUUCUAUCAUGCCAAUCUCUUAUAUCCAGGUGUUAAGGUGAUGUGUUAAGCGAAAAAGCUUAUAGAAGAUCCUCAUUUCAUUGAAUUCAGUCGUGUUUCAUGUAUGAAUAAUUAUGCUAUUUCCUCGAAGCCCAAUCAUAUGUACGUGCGCUUAUGU